AUAAUAAUUUUGAACAAUCAAAUAUAUCGGUCGUUUUUUUUCUCUUUUUGUGUAUGUAAUAAAUGUUGCUUGAGCUCGAAGUUUUUCUUUGUCAAAGACUACGGUCAAUACUGCUCAAUGCGUCUGUUCGUUUCUAUGAUUACUUCAAGUGUCACGUGGAUGGAUGUUGGGUUUUUUUGAUAUUUGGUAUCUUCAGAAGAAACAGUUCUUUUCAGACAGUGAUAAAAAAUACAAAAAAUAUUUGUCGAGUGAAAAUAUCAAAGCUUAUAUAGAACAUAGCGUUUAAAUAUAAGAAAUGGCACAAGGAAAGCUCAAAGUUAAAACAAAAUUACCAGAGAAGGUGAAAGCAAAGGCCAAGAAAGGCAAGAAAGGCCCUGCUAUUCAGAGACGUGGAAAUGCACCUGUGCAACCGAAGAAAGCAAAAUUACAGGAAACAGCAAAAUUGAAGAAAAUGAUUACAAAGGCAGUGAAUAAUGAUAUGGAAGAUGAGUUGCGAGAAAGAGCUUUGGAGGGAAAAAAAUCUCUCACAAAGAAAGAUCCUUCCAAAAUACAAAAAAAAUAGUUGUACAUAUUAAUUUAAAAAAACUGUUGUUCUAAUACAUAAAGUUAUUGACAUAACUUGUUUAAUGUACUAGACAUAACUUGUUUAAUGUACUAGUUAAGAAUAUUUAGAAAUAUAU